AUGUCACCCGUACUGAAAUGCCACGCAGAAACUCACAUCAAUGCACCUGCGAGUCUUGUAUAUUCCCUCCUCACCGACCUAUCCCAAUGGCCUGUUUGGAACGAAAUGGUUCCUCAAGUAACAAUCGCGUACAGUCCAUCAGCCGAUAGUGCGAACACAGAUAUGCGUAUGAGACUCGGUCAGCGUCUCCAGUUUCAUGUCCGAAUGCCCAUGUUCGGCGUCAGACGUCAUGUUCCUGGAGGAUCUGUUGAAGAGAUAGUUCGGCUUGAUCCUGCUCCAACUGAUAGUCCCAGCCGUGUCGAAUGGAAUCAACGAGGUAUUCCGCAGACCUUACUCCGGACGAAUCGCGUCAAUAUCAUCGAACCAUCUGCCGAAGUCGAUGGGCGGAUCAUUGCAGACUGA